AUGUUAAGGAAGCUGCUGUCUGCAUCGGUUGUCAGCAUCAGCCAACAUCUUCAUGUCACACCAAAUGUCAUCCCUCUUGCUGCUAUCAGAUACAAUUCUAGUCUGGUGCAACAAUUUCAACAAGCAAAUUUGAAGACUAUAUUCAAAACACAUGUACAAGAUCCUAUGAAGCACACUGUGUUACAUGAAGGAUUAUUCUACACAGUGCCAGAAAAUCAUGCAUCCCAAAUUUUGGGCGUAAAAGCUUUGGGCACCAAUUUUAAGAAACAGUGUGAUGUUUUUCAAGAGACCUGUAUCAUGGUACGAAAACCUGCCCUGGAAGUCUUAGAUUAUAUCAAGAAUGCAAAUUAUGAUCAUCCUGUCCUAAGAAUCAUUUUAUAUGGAGAAAUGGGAGUUGGUAAAACACUGACCUUAGCUCAUGCUUUGCAUGCAUGUGCCACACAAGGUUGGAUCUUGGUACAUGUCAGUUGGCCAUCCAUUUGGAAAAAAACAUGGAAAGAAAUUUCUAUGUCUACCUACAAACAAGGCCGUAUUGAUUUUCCAGUUAUAUCUGUUGAAUGGUUAAAGUUAUUCCAAACUCAAAAUGAAUCCUUCUUAGACAAUUUGAAGACAACAUCUAAAUAUAUCUGGAGCAAACGAGAAUCAGCAGAAGAAGGCCUGACAUUUUCAGAGCUAAUUAAAUUUGGUUUAACCAGACCAAGAUAUGCAACAGAUGUUAUUGGUAUUAUCUUGAAAGAACUGAAGAAAGUUGCAACAGAAAAGAAAUAUCGAGUUUUGUUUGCAGUGGAUGGCCUAAAUGGAUUGUGGGGAGACACUAAUGUCAAGGACGAAAACAAAAAAUAUUUAUCAACGGAUAAGAUGACCCUUUUCUAUAAUUUUAGGAAACUGCUGCGAAAUGAUUGGAGUAAUGGAAUGGUUAUUGGCAUUGUGGAUAAAGUUGCCAACCCCUCAAAUUUACGAGAAAAAUGUACACCUUAUUACCUGUUAGAGAAAAAGGCAUUUGAGAUGUUGGAGCCCUUUAUUCCAGUUCAUAUUCCUAAAUACAGUGAUAAAGAGAUUCACAGCUGCCUGGAUUACUACAUUGACCGACUAUGGUUACAACAUCCCCUAGCCAAGACUGAAGAAGGCAAGAAGGAAUUAAUAUUUCUCAUUUUUCUUUCUUAUUGUGAACCCACUCGGAUGACAAGUUCAAAAUUUACAGCCAAUGAGAUCAAGUGA